AUGGACCUGCAAUCUCCCUCUGUUCUGGCGCAAUUGCCUCGCCCCCUUCACGCCUCCACCGGCAAAACACGUAUUAGCGAUGUCUUCAGUCUCGCCGAUGCGAAAAAGCGCAAGCGCUACGAAGUCGCAGUUGCGGUGGAUGGUGAGGCUGUGAACAUCUACAAUGUUCAAACGCCAAAGCUCGUAACUUCCUACGCCGUCCCGCCGCAAUCUACAUUUUCUUGUCGCCCAUGCUCCGUUCGCCGCAAGCUGUCGAAAAAGUCGGCAGUUCGGAGACAAACCUAUACCGCCGUUACUAAGCCCGAGCACCAGAUCAAGUGUUUCGUGGAGGAGAUCGGCAGCAGUGGCUCAAGUGCCCCGGUCAUUUCUUCCUCGACUACCACUGUGACUGAUUCGACCAGCCCCACCACCUUCGUCGGCAUUGUUCCCUCCAGCGCCAACGAUGAAGCAGAGACGGAUCCCUUUGACAUUUUGGCUGUUCACGAAGAUGGCCGUGUGCGUAGACUGUCUUCUGAUUUGAAGACCCAACGGUGGAGCAUUCAGCACAGCGAGAUUGCCAAGGUCUGCUCUACUCACAAUGUCCAAUCCAGCUUCUUGGUGGAGUUUGAAGAUGCAAAGAAGGCUUUGUUCAAGAGACGACAGGACCUUGCUUCGAUGGCAUUGGGUGAUUUGACAGCCUCUGGUGUUAAUGAGCCAUCCAUCUUGCUGGUGGUAUCGCAGCCAAAGAACACCGACAGGGUUUCCUUGAAGGAUAUCAUUGUGCAGAUGUUCUCCGUUCCCGCGGAUUCAAAGUCACAGUCGCAUGAGAGUCAACGGUUGAGACACCUUCAAACUUUCCACAUCCCGGAUUUGAGCGGCUUGGAAACUGCCAACUGCAGUGCGAUGCAAUGGAGCUUCCACUCUGGCUCAGCGGGCUUGAACCUUUCCUUUGAGAAGGGUUUCAUCAACGUCGAUCUCUCCCAGUAUUCGCCUUCCGUUACUUCACAAUUCGUGCUUGAUGAGCACUUCUCCUCGGUGAUGCGCAUUUCGCCGCAGUUUGUGAUUGGUGCGAGCAAGUCUCUGGUGGCAGUCUAUGACACCCAGUACAACUCUGUUCAGCGCAGCAUUCCUGCCGAUGAUAUUUCCUCGAGCACCGGAUCAACUGGAGAGGCCUCUACAAACUUCAUCAGCUACUUCGCCAAGCUUGGAAUUGCAGUGGCGACCAAGGGCAACACCCUCAUUGCUUUUGACCUGAGCUCGCUCCCUAGUGCGCCCAGCUCUUCCCUGAAGCGAACAAGAGACAGCCUCCUCAUUGAUGCCAUUGGCAAAGGUAUUGGGUCAUCUGCUGCCCAGUGGGAUGUGGCCUCUAAGAAACACCGGUCUGACAACAUGGCCUCCCUUCGGCUCACAUCCUCUGAGCAAGUUGAGAAAUGGACGAAGCUUACACAGACUCUCGAGAAGGCGGCUAAGACGAAGAACAUCGACUUGUUCGAUAACGCUGUUUUGACAUAUUUCAGCACUUCUGAUGCUUCAACAAAGCUCCCUGUUCGCGGACAGUAUGUCAACCCAGAAGCAACUCUUUUCUUGCUGUCCAAGAUUUUCGCUGUGGAAGAGUCUACCUCAAAAGAUACCGUGUCAGCGUCUCCGUCAUCUCAACUCCGGGUUGCCAUUUGGCCCCCCACUACUUGCGAGUGGCUCAUUCAGUUGGGUCACUUGUCAUUCGAUAACGUUGAGAUUGCACUGCGUCGGGCCUGCAAGCCGCAAGUGCUGCAGAAGUUCCCCACUGGUUCUUUCAUUCAGGCUCUGCUUGAUUCCGAUCCAUCCCUGAAGCAGGUCAACCAAGUUCUGGAGGGUCCCAUUCUGAUCUCCUCAGACGAAUUGGCGUAUGCACUCAAAGUCUUCUUGAACCAGGCACGUUCGCACUCUGGGGCUCUUGAGGAGACGGCUCGUGCAAUUUCCAACGGCGAUGUCGCUACUCCCACUCAGGAGCUCACAAAACAUCUCGGGUCCGAAACGGCAAACCUGAAGGACAUUUUUACUGGUCUGAACACCUCCCUCCAGAAGAUUCAUGCUCAACCUCUUCCGGUUGUUGUGACUUCCCUUCGCUCGAACCUCUCGCGGACAGAGCUCUUCUCUAUGGUCCACCAUCUCCGUCUUUCUCUCGCUACCGGAGGCUACACCUCUCGCUUCACCGAAAAUCCUCCCACCCCCAUUACGCCUCACCAGAUUACGCCCGCUCUUUCCCUCGAUGUCAUCGUCGACCUUCUCACUGCUUCCGUGGACGCCGUUGGUCCAUCCGGUUGGAUCUCCGCUGUCCCGGCAGCUGGCGAGUUCGAGGAAUCAGACUCUGUCACAGCGGCUGCCAGCCGUGAGAUGGAACUGAUUGCGGACAUGAAGUCUGAGGUCUCCGCUGCCCUCGCAGGUGUAGAGGAAGCAACCUAUCUCAAGGGAAUCAUGUGCGAAUACCUCCGGUUCGCAGACCAGGUUGUUACCCCAGCCGCUACCUCAGAGGAUGCCCUGGCCAAGAUGGAUGCCGAGGCCACUGGUCCUUCUCACCUUGUCCGCUACGAGAAGCUCAAUGGUGCCGACCUGAUGAUCUUCACUCGUCCCGGUGAAGGUGAAGAUGGAUUCGAUGGUGAUGGCGGUGGCAAGAUGCUACCCCUGUCGCUCAAAACUACUUCCGGUGACGUCUCCCGCACUAAGAUGAAGAAGUCUACAGGCGAGAUCAAGAGCCGCACCAGCCGUGAGAUUGGAUACUUGCGUCGCAAGGCGGUCGGCAAGUACUCUUUCGAGCGACUCAUUAUCUAA